AUGGAGGCAGAGUUUCAAUGCUAUAAACGGGGCAUACCAUUAGACAAGACAGGAGAAGAAUUUGAAACAUCUUUAGAGAAUAAAUAUACAUCUUUUGUUCUCUAUGACACUGGGUCAAAUGAUCCAGAAAGAAUUCUGGCACUAGGAGAUCGAGAGCUUCUUUUAGAACUCUGCAAAGAUACCAUUUAUGGUGAUGGAACAUUUGACAAAGUACCAGCCGUAUUCUACCAACUCUACACUUGGCAUGCCAAAAUAGGAAACUCAUACGCACCAUGUGUUUACUUUUUACUUCUAAAAAAGAAUCAAGAAACUUACAUGAGGAUGUUGGAAAUACUGAAAGAAUUAGUUCCAAACAUAGCUCAACAAAAAGUUUUGGUUGACUUUGAAAAAGCAUGCAUGAAUGCAGCACAAAUUGCUUUCCCAGAUGCUGCUAUUAAAGGAUGCUAUUUUCAUCUCUGUCAAAGCCUACUGAGAAAGAUCAACUGUGUCGGCUUAAAGAGUGAAUAUGAAAGCAACAUAGAAGUCAAGCUGACCUUAAAAUCUCUUGCAGCUUUGGCAUUUGUGCCAGUCAAUGAUGUAAGGGAUAUAUUUGACAGAUUAGCAGGAACUUUCCCAAAUGAAGCAAGCUAUAAAAAAUAG